AUGCUUCUUCGCCUUCCUUCACCUUGUCUCUCAUCUCUUCCUUCCACCCCCAAACCCUCUCGCUUCUCUCCGCCUCGGCCCCGCCGCUCGCUUUUCCGAUGCGCCGCCUUCAUAAACGACGACGCCUUCACCGCCAAGUCCGGCUACCUCUUCGACCUGACCGCGUCGGAGGCCAACUCCUUGGCCGACUAUGAAAUCUCCAAAAUUGGCGCCAUUUACCGCCGGAAGCCUCUCAUCGUUUUCCGGCGACUCCUACAGAUCGCCGUCACCUUCGGCUACUGGUUCGCUCUUCGCUUCAUCGAUCGCCAAAUGGAACGCUCCGAUCAAAUGUUUGAGGUUAGGGCUGCUGAGCUUCGUCAAAUACUGGUAGAACUUGGACCGGCUUAUAUCAAAAUCGCUCAGGCUAUUUCGUCUCGACCUGACUUAAUACCACCAUCGUAUUUGGAUGAGCUCUCACUGUUGCAAGAUCGAAUAUCUCCAUUUUCUAAUGAAGUUGCUAUAAAGAUGAUAGAAAAGGAACUCGCUUUACCGAUAGACGAGGUUUUCACCGAGAUCUCACCAGAACCUGUAGCUGCAGCUUCUCUUGGACAGGUGUAUCAAGCUAGGCUUCGCCGGAGGGGACAGCUUGUUGCAGUUAAAGUACAAAGGCCUGGAGUACAAGCUGCUAUUUCCUUAGACAUAUUGAUCUUGCGUUCUCUAGCUGGUGUUCUCAGGAGAAUAAGAAAAUUAAACACUGAUCUUCAGGCAGUUGUCGAUGAAUGGGCAUCAAGUCUCUUUCGGGAGAUGGACUACAGGAAGGAAGCAAAUAAUGGUAUCAAGUUCAGACAGCUAUACGGGGGAAUACCAGAUGUUUUGGUUCCAGAAAUGUAUCUGGAACACACAACUCGUAGGGUGCUUGUGAUGGAGUGGGUGGAGGGACAGAAGCUGUCAGAAGUGAAUGAUCUUUACUUGGUGGAGGUUGGGACAUACUGCUCUUUCAAUCAGCUUCUGGAAUGUGGUUUCUAUCACGCAGAUCCACACCCGGGAAACCUUCUUCGCACAUACGAUGGAAAACUUGCUUACUUAGAUUUUGGUAUGAUGGGUGAAUUUAAAGAAGAACUCCGCAAUGGAUUUAUUGAAGCUUCACUCCAUCUUGUAAACCGUGAUUUUGGUGCAUUGGCCAAGGACUUUGUUACUCUUGGGCUUAUUCCACCAACUGCAGACAAGGAAGCUGUUACAAAGGCUUUAACAGGUGUCUUUCAGAAUGCGGUUGCAAAAGGAGUGAGCAAUAUUAGCUUUGGAGAUCUCUUAGGAGAUCUAGGAACUACCAUGUACAAAUUCAAAUUUCGCAUACCUUCUUAUUUCUCUCUCGUCAUUCGAAGUCUUGCUGUUUUGGAAGGUGUUGCUAUUGGCUUCAACCCAGAUUACAAGGUUUUAGGUAGCACAUACCCAUGGAUUGCUAGGAAAAUACUGACCGACAACUCACCACAGCUCAAGGCUUCCCUGCAAGCCCUUCUUUAUGAGGAAGGUGUAUUCAGAAUUGAUCGUCUAGAGUCUCUUCUUGCAGAGUCCCUUCGAGCCAAGACAGAGAAAACUGUGGUUGGAAACCAAGAUAAUGAUGCUAAUUCUAGGAUACUUAUCAAGCAAAUCCUUUCUUUUAUGUUAGCAGAGAAGGGUGCAUUUGUGAAGGAUAUACUUCUUCAGGAAUUUGUUAAGGGAUUGGAUGCACUUGGGCUGGCAACCUUGGAUUCUCUCACUGUUGUGGUUACUACAAACGUUCCACUUGUUUCUACUAUUUCAUUCUCUACAAUGACGAAUGAAGACAAGAUCAACUUAAGAACCCUACGUCGCCUUCUGCUAUUGCUGUCAGGUUCUCAGAGAAGUGAAGACUCAAAAGCGGACAGUCCAUAUGAGAAUCUGCAAAUGAACUUGGCGGAACCAUCAUUAUUUUUCAAUCAACUUGGAUCUAUUCAAGAAGUUCUACCUAUUCUCUCUGUCAUUCCAGAGCUCUCACCAGAAUCACAACAGCAGUUACUUAAUUUGCCAGCUGAUCUCACCAGGCGUCUAAUUUCCCGUGCUGUUGCAAGGACAAUCAGAAGGGUAAUUUUAUGAAGCAUAGGAGACUUAUUCUUGUAACACUUCUAGGUUGAAUCACAUAAUAGAACUUUUUGCCUAUCCCUUGAUAAUGAUGUGUUCACGUUUUCAAAAA